GGUACGUCCAUUUUAGUAAACAGGGUUUUUUACGUUUGAGAUUUUCAUCGAUUGCGAUUGUUUUCUAGUGUAAAGGGAUCAGUGAGAGUUGUCCAAAAUGUCUGGACCAAACGCAUUAAAUGCCAAGCAGCCGCCGAUCCAGUCGACGGCAGGAGCCGUACCCAUCCGAAAUGAAAAAGGUGAAAUUUCUAUGGAGAAGGUGAAAGUGAAGCGAUAUGUUUCGGGUAAGCGGCCAGACUAUGCUCCCAUGGAGUCCUCAGAUGAAGAAGAGGAGGAUUUCCAGUUUGUUAAGAAGGGUAAAGAGGCUGAACCGGAGAUGGAAAUGGAAGAAGAGGAAAAAUCUGACCCUCGUCUUCGACGUCUCUUGAAUCGAGCGUCUGAGGAUGUUGAAGAAAAACUUGCGAGACACAGGCAGAUAGCUGAGCCAGAGCUGAUCGUUCAAAGCAGCGAGGACUCUGAUGAGGGAACCUGGCACCCUGAGCGUGAGGAGAGCAGUGAAGAUGAAGAGGAGGAGGAAGUUGAUGAUGAGGAAAUUGAGAGGAGACGAGCAAUGAUGCGCCAAAGAGCACAAGAGAGGAAGAACGAGGAAAUGGAGGUCAUGGAGGUGGAGGAGGAGGGGAAAUCUGGUGACGAGUCUGAAUCGGAGUCAGAGUACGAGGAAUACACAGACAGUGAGGAUGAAGCUGAGCCUCGGUUAAAACCUGUGUUCAUCCGCAAGAAGGACAGAGUAACGGUCGCAGAACGAGAAGCGGAGGAGCAGAGACAGAAAGAACUGGAAGCAGAGGCCAAAAAACAAGCUGAAGAGAGGCGACGCUACACACUGAAGAUUGUAGAGGAGGAGGCAAAGAAAGAGUUUGAGGAGAACAAACGUACACUGGCCGCACUUGAUGCUCUGGACACAGAUGGAGAAAAUGAAGAGGAAGAGUAUGAGGCCUGGAAAGUCAGAGAACUGAAGCGUAUUAAAAGGGACAGAGAAGCCAGAGAAGCAAUCGAGAAAGAGAAGGCAGAAAUCGAGAGAUUUCACAAUCUUACAGAGGAAGAACGCAGAGCAGAACUGCGCAACAAUGGGAAAGUGGUCACCAACAAAGCAACAAAGGGCAAAUACAAAUUUCUGCAGAAGUACUACCACAGAGGCGCUUUCUUUAUGGAUGAUGAGCAAGAUGUCUUCAGGAGAGACUUUAGUGCUCCAACUCUUGAGGACCAUUUCAACAAAACAAUCUUGCCCAAAGUCAUGCAGGUCAAAAACUUUGGACGAUCUGGACGUACAAAAUACACACAUCUGGUGGACCAGGACACCACUUCAUUUGAUUCUGCCUGGGCUCAGGAGAGUGCUCAGAACAGCAAGUUCUUCAAACAGAAGGCAGGGGGCGUGAGAGAUGUGUUUGAUCGUCCAACAGUGCAUAAGAGAAAGACAUGAACAUGUGUCUAUGCUAAAAGAGCAAGUUGAGCUCAAACAUGGACAGUUUCAUCCUUCAUCAAACACACUAGUCCUUUACGAAUGCAUUGUGCUAAUGUGUGCAAAACCCAUAACAAAGACAACUCUUUAUUGUAUUAUCUAGAUGUUUCAGUUUUGUACAAAAUUCGUAGUAUUUAGUUCCGUUUGUAAAAACUAAAAAAUCUCCUUUUUGCUUUACGCCAAUAAAU